AUGCAUUUUUGUUUAGUUAAUAAAGUUCGCUCGAGUUUAGAAACCGUUGAUGUAAAAACGUCUCGAAGACUUAGUCAGUCAAAAAGUGAUGCACGAAGUAAAAUUUUACAAUUAGUUUUAGCAGGAGGACAAGGCGGUCGUCUAGAUCUUCUUACUGAACAACGAGCUAAACCAGCUAUUUCUUUUGUUGAAACUCUUCGUUUAAUUGAUUUUUCUAUGAGUAAUUGUCAUCACUCACAUUUAUCCGAUGUUUAG